UAGCCGUUCACCAUCUGGCAACACCGAUUCAUGGGACGCAUUGCGUCCGACGCAACAAUUCCGAACUUCGUCCGAUUGUUUUUCCGCAAAGAUAAGGAAUAUGCCGUAGGCGAGGCCCAGUCGGGAUCAUCAGCAGCAACAGCGAGAUGGCUUACAUCAAUGUCGCCGAGUGGACGCCCGACCAGGUCACCGACUGGAUCAGAGGUCUGGAUGAGUCCAUGAAGGGAUACUUGUAUGAGUUCUCCAGGCAGGAGAUCGGCGGUCGGGCUUUGCUCAAUAUACGUCCAUAUGAGCUUGAGAAUCUGGGCAUGCUGCGCAUCGGCCAUCAGGAGAUCUUGCUGGAGGCUGUGGAGAACCUGAGGAACUUACAUUAUCACUUGAAAAACGACAAUCUGCAGUUCAUGGCCCUACAUGUGGCCACGGCCGCGAGGAAUCUGCAUCGCGAGCUGGCCAAAAAUCAUGCCGAGAGCACCAAGAUCGAUACGCGGAUACUGCACGAUAUCACCCGGACAAUCGCCACUCUGAAACCAUUGGUGGGCAGCCUGGAGAGAACACCGUUCCGCCGGCAGGAGAUGUACCGCGAGUACUGCGGCAAUGUGCUAAAGAGCGGCCUCGAGUUGGCCACAAUUGCUCACCGGGAUCGCUUCUCGCUGCAGCCGGUGCCAGCGAUUCGACAGUCAGCGGAGAGGUUGGAAAACCUGGCCAACUUCGUCAUCCAGGACAUAUCCGAUCCAAUGGUGCUGCAGCCUGCAUCCCUCGACGUUGUGGACCUGAAAAGACGCGAGUCCGAGCUGGGCUUCAACAUUGAGUCCAGCUACAAUGGCAUCCACCGUGUCACAGACAUCAAGUACAACUCGCCGGCCCACAACUGCGGAAAGAUAGAGGAUGGGGACGAGAUUGUGCAGAUCAACUACCAGACCGUCGUGGGCUGGCAGCAUCGCACGGUGCUGGAGCAUCUGAGGGAGGCGCUGCCCGACCAGGUGCGGCUCACGGUGAAGAAGCGGCCGAAGCACACCAAGAUGUUCGGCCAGAUCUACAUGCAGCCUUACCGGUUGCCCAGCAAGAAGCGCAACUUGGCCGGACGCUGGGCGCAGAUGCCGAGUCCAACGCCAAGGGCUGCCUUUUUGACCCUGGACCCGGAGCCAAAGGCCGCGGGAGGAAUCGGAGGUACAGUGCCUGAUCCCAGCAAAACCCUAGGCAUCGAGCCGAGAGAGGUGCUAGCCAAGGUCAAUCCAGUGUCCUCCGCCUCCGACUCCGACUCGAGCUGCAGUGAUAUACCCACGCCCACGGAUCCCAAGUCGGCAGCCCGCGAGAUCCGUUUGUAUUACCCCAAGCCCAGGGCACUGCUCCAGCGCAGGAACACCAUAUGCGGCGACGAGUUCCUGAGCCUCAAGCACUCAGAUCUGGUGGUGCCGUCGUGGCACGAGAGAAAGCCGGGAGUUGGUUCCUCCGCCGUCUGUGAUCCCGGUUCGCCCAGCAUCCGCGACAAGUCGAUAUCCUUCGGUUACGGCCUGGAGAUUGCACCCAGGCCCACGACCUGCAUCGGAAUCGCGGGCGACAGCUCCACGGACAAGGCCAAGCGGAUGUUCCACGAGGUGCGCAAGCUGAAGCAGCUGACGGAGGACUCGCAGCGCGAAUUCCUCGGGGAUCGCUACAAGCCGGGAGUAAGCAAGGUGGUCCGAUUCAACGCCAAGGAGGACUACGUAGUGAAGGACGAAAUGUUCACCUGCAAUGUGGAGAACACAAUACUGGAGACCUUCGAGCCGAUUCCGUUUGCGGACGAGGGCGACGAGGAUGCCCUGGAAACGCUGCGCAACUGCAAGACGGAGAACGCCGAGGACUUGCUGGAGGCGAUAAACCAGGCCACAAGGGGUCAGGAUCUGCCCCUCGCCGAGGCCGUCAAUCUGCCGCUGGUGCAACAGGGACGUCGCGGUCGGCUGGACAAGAGUCACAGUACGCCGGCAUACGACAAUUCGGGCGAGGAAUCGGACACGCCGCCGGCGAUCGAGCCGCGGAAGGAGUUCCUGCUGGUCACACCGCCGGCUCCUCCGCCGCGUCCCCUCAAGAACAGGGACAUGACACCGUCGGCGGUGCCGCCACCUCCGCCAAAACCCGCCAGCAUGCAGCCAGCCAGCAGUGUUACCUGCAUUUCGAUUCCUGUGCCAGUGCCUCAGCCCGCAGCGGUGGAUCCAUCGGAGAUCAGCGAGCUGCACACGCCGAGCAAGUCGCGCACGCUGACCCUGAAAAAGAAGCACAGCCUGAUGGCCAAGCGGCGGAACACGAACCUCAAGCUACUGGGCACCGGCGACAUCCAGGGCCACCUGUACAGGCGCAAGAAGAACCAUCGCGGCGUGACCUACUGGGCCAGGAUCUACUUCGUGAUGCUGGACACGAUUCUGUACGGGUUUCGCAGCAAGCAGAGCACCAGCGCCAGCUUGGUGAUCUUCCUGCCCGGCUUCACGGUCUCGCUGGCCAAGGAGGUGCACUCGAAGCCGCACGCCUUCAAGGUCUACCACACGGCCAAGAGCUUCUACUUUGCGGCCGAGUCGCUGGACGCACUCAACCAGUGGGUGGACUUCCUGCGCCAGGCCUCGCUCAAGGUGCCGCCCAGCCUGGGAUCGGGCGGCGGUGUCAGUGCCAAGGAUCUGUACUCGGAGAACGACAGCUCGGGCGAGGAGUGCGAAGCCCUGGUGGCCAAGAACCUGAGCACACCAUCGCCGCAGGGCAACAAGGAGCAAAUGUCCAUGUCGAUGGCGCUGCCCGGUGGAACACCGCCCUCGUCUGGACCCGCCAAGCAGCCGGCAUCUGGCUACUUGGUCUCGAUUCGCAAGUUCACGAUGUUCAAGAACAGUGCGGCGAAGCCAUCGAGCGACAUCCCCGUGCCCACGGAGCAGUACCGCAGCUACCGGAAGGUGCCCGGCGGCAGCUUUGGCAUCCAGAUCGGGGCCAACACACCGGGCUACCACGAUCCGGCCAUGCCGCCCACCCAGAUUCCGCCCUUGGUGGCGCCCAAGCUUUCGCGCAGCUCCAGCAGAAGUUCGGUGGUCAGUGUGGUGAGUGGAACCGAGUCGGCGGUAUCCUUUUCAGCCUCGAUUCUCGGGCCACCCGCAUCGCCGGCGCCCACGCCCACGGCCACGCCCACAUCGCUACAGCACCAGAGCUCCGAGGAGAGUCCGAGCCAAAGCCAGAGCCAGAGUCCCAGCAGCAAGUCGAGUUUGAAGAAGGUGCCAUUCAACUACCUGCACGCCUCCAAUCCGAAUUUGGUGGAAUUUGAUUUCCACACCUCGAAAACGCUGCUGCCCAAGAUGAGUGUGGGCCACACCCUGGACCACGGGCACAAUAUCCAAGGCUUCGUGACGCUCAAGGACCUGAUGCUGCUCAAGCAGGAGGAGGAGGCCCAGGAGAUGUACAACAACCGGGUGCACUUGGGCGUGGAGAAGCACAAGCAUGCGCGCACCGAAUCGACGGCCAGCCAGCAGAGCGCCACGAGCAGCAGCGUGACCAAGCCGCUGGAGAAGCUGCCCAAGAUCCAGAGCGUGAGUCUGCCCAAGACGCCCGACUACGAGAUCAGCUUCAAGCCGGACGACGAGAGCAUCAAGCGGGCCCGCACCAAGGAGGGUCAGAAGCUGCGCGACUUUGGCUACGAACUGAUUUGUGGGGAUGAGCCGAGCACCAGUUCCAGCAGCCGGCAUGAGCACCACCAUGCCCACCACCAGCAGCAGGUGCAGCAGCAGCAGCACCAACAGCAGACGCAGCCGCAGCACAGCAGCAAGACGAAGCACUUCCUGCGCUCCCAGCAGCUGCAACUCUCCAGCUUCCUGCACAAGACCAGCAGCGUCAACAGUGGCAAGAGCUCCGGAUCCGGGGCGGAGCAGAAGAAAUCCAAGGGCAAGUCGAGCAGCGACCGACGGUUCCCCUUCUCGAAGCACUCCGCCGGAUCCUCGGGCAGUGGCCCGGGUCAUGCGAUGACCAUGACGCUGCCGCUGAACAAGAAGUCCAAAUCGAACCACGCCUUGGAUGGCGCCGGCGGCAAUGGACUGGCCAUCGUAGGCGGAGGCAGCAGCAUCAAGAAGAGCCAGACGUACAAUCAGGACUUGCGCGACAAGAUCGUGGGCACCAAGUACGACGCGCAUCGCAAGAACUCGGCGCCGAUCUUCUCGAAGCUCUCCAUUUCGGGUGGCACGCCGGCGAAACACUCCAAGGAGAACCACUUCCUGGGCUCGCCGCUGCUGCAUCGGGCGCUCUUCGGCCACCACAGUCACCAUCAGCAGCUGCAGCAGCAGCAGGCAAUUACGCCGCCGAGCAGUGCGGACCCGGACUGCGACCAGGAGAUCUUCAGCCAGAUCACCCUGCCGACGCACAAUCAGGCGGGCUACCGGAGCUACAGGGGCCCCGGGAUCAUGACCACCUCCACCACGAACCUGUGCUCAUCGGAGGGUCUGCAGCCGCCGCUGCCACCGGCCCCUCCGCCACCGAUCAUGGCCAGCAGGCAGCGGGAGGAGGAGCCGGCGGAGGCGACGAUAUCGGAGAGUGCAGCUACCCCAAAGGUUUCCAGCUCGGGAUCCGUGGACUCGAAAGCUGCCACGCCGGAUUACCCGAACAUGGAGUGUCCUCCGGUCUUCGAACCGGAGAUCUAUUCGCUCAGCGACACCAGCUUGUCCCGCCUAAUGAUGCGGACACCCAGCAGCAGUGGCGGCACCGCCACCACCGGCGGCAGCAGCAACCACAACAAUAACAGCAGCAACACCAACAACACCAAUACCAACACAAACACCAACAGCAGUCCCAGUGGCGGCGAACACCAUCAGACGUAGGAUGUGUGAUGAAAACUAUUGUGAAUGCUCGCGGGGAUUAGCCCCGAUUACUUAUGUAUUUAUACACACACAUGUAGAGAUAUAUAUAUUAGUAUAUAUAGCGAUAUUCUCGUACGAUAUAGGUAUACAACUUGUUCAUUUUGAUUGUCUUCCCUGUCUGUCCACAAGCAACAAAAACCCACACGCAUACCUGCAAUUCCUUCGAUUCGAAAAGCCCUAAUUAGAUGUAAAUGUUUAAUGAUCUGCCUUAUUUGUUUGUAUUUCGGUUCUAGGCAAAAUGUUUUACACAUGCACUCACGCAAACGACACAAUGAAUUAUAGCGAAAAUCAGGAAAACUUUAGGAGUUCGUUCAUCGAACAAAGUGAGUUCUUUAUGAUUUGCCUUUGUACGCGAUUAACCAAGUUAAUCCGAGCUGUUUGAAUUGCUCAACAGUUUGUGUCUAGAUUGCAUGUAUUAUAAAUUAUUAUGCGAAACGAGAUAUUAUUGUAGCGGUUUCCAGCGACGCCAAUGGAGCCACAAAUGUUGUAGCGAAUAAAAAUUAUAUAUAUACACUUACACGAAUUAUACAUGCAUACCAAUAAAGUCAACUGUAUAUAAAGAAA